AAACAAGAUGGCGGAGAGUGCGGAAUUGAAGACUCAUCAUCAUCUCGGAUGAGGCCGAUGACAGUGGUGUCAUCUGCAGGAGCUUGACAGAGGGGUCCUUGGCAAUGCAGUCGUUGGUGUAGAGGGAGAAGAGCAGUGGGGAGAGCACACAUCCCUGGGGGCACCAGUGCUGAUUGUACAGGUGCUAGAACAAAUGGUGAUGAGCCUCCGUGUCUCAGAGCUUCAGGUUCUUCUGGGAUAUGCAGGCCGCAACAAGCAUGGACGAAAACAUGAACUCUUGACCAAAGCGCUACACUUGUUGAAAGUCGGCUGCAGCCCUGCCGUGCAAAUGAAGAUCAAGGAGCUCUACCGUCGGCGCUUCCCCACAAAGAUGGUGUCCCCGACAGACCUCUCACUUACUGGCAUUCACUCCAGUUCUGGAGGGGCUUCUGCAGGCCUGCCCGCUGGCCUAACCCAGCUGGGAUUCAAUAGGCAUGGCUCACCCUCUCUACUACCUGUUGCACUGCUUGGGCCAAAACACGAGCUGGGCCUACCCCACCUGCCUUCUGCCCUUCACCCAGUACAUCCAGACGUUAAGCUCCAGAGGCUGCCCUUCUACGAUGUGCUUGAUGAGCUGAUCAAGCCCACAAGUUUAGCCUCCGACAACAGUCAAAGAUUUCAGGAAACGUGUUUUGCGUUUGCACUAACGCCUCAGCAAGUUCAACAGAUCAGCAGUUCAAUGGACAUCUCUGGGACCAAAUGUGACUUCACUGUUCAAGUACAGCUAAGGUUUUGCUUAUCAGAGACAAGUUGUCCUCAGGAAGACCAUUUCCCACCCAACCUUUGUGUGAAAGUGAAUGGAAAACCCUGUAACCUCCCUGGAUACCUUCCUCCAACUAAAAAUGGAGUGGAGCCAAAGCGACCGAGCAGACCCAUCAACAUUACCUCCUUGGUUAGAUUGUCUACAACAGUCCCCAACACCAUCGUUGUGUCAUGGACGUCAGAAAUUGGGAGGAGUUACUCUAUGGCAGUUUACCUGGUCCGACAGCAGUCCUCCACUGUUUUGCUACAGAGACUACGGUCGAAAGGCAUUAGAAACCCAGACCACUCUAGAGCACUCAUCAAAGAAAAGCUUACUGCCGACCCUGACAGUGAGAUUGCCACCACUAGCCUGCGAGUGUCCUUGCUCUGUCCGCUCGGAAAGAUGCGGCUGACGAUUCCCUGCCGAGCACUUACCUGCUCACAUCUACAGUGCUUUGAUGCUACACUCUAUAUCCAAAUGAAUGAGAAGAAACCCACAUGGGUGUGCCCGGUCUGCGACAAGAAAGCCCCAUAUGAGCAUCUUAUUAUUGAUGGAUUAUUCAUGGAGAUUCUGAACAGUUGUAUGGACUGUGAUGAGAUCCAGUUUAAAGAGGACGGCAAUUGGGCCCCUAUGAGAUCCAAGAAGGUGGUACAGGAAGUGUCAGCCUCGUCAAACGGUAUUGAAGACUCUUGUCGUUCGGUUGUGUCAGACCACAGAAACAGUUCGUCCCACAGCAGCAGUAAUAAGGUGGAGGUGAUUGACCUGACGCUGGACAGCUCCUCAGAUGAUGAUGAUGAUGAUUACAAUGACGAGCCUCCACCUAAAAGAGCCUGUCCAUCCCUAUCACCCACCUCCCCACCUGUCAGCAAAGGAGUAUUAAAUCUGCAUCAUCAGGCAUCUCCACUGGUACAAGCUCCCAGCAUGCCUGCAGUGGAAACAAACUACAUCCCUCCCCCCCCUCCUCUCAUCCAGGACUACCGUCACUAUUACCACACACCCAGUGAUCUGUCAGAUCUGAAUUUCUUCUCAUUUUUACAAGGGGACAAUCACCAGCAUUAUAACAUGGUCAUGGCUGCUGCGGCCGCUGCCUCAGCCUCUGCAUCAGCAUCAGCAUCAGACGACCAUGAGCUACUGCUAAACCGCUUCAUGCCCUAUGGUUCCUCACAGCUUUUCCUGGAGCAGUCGGGGACACCUGCAAGCAGCUCACUAGUGCCUGCCAAUGGCAGCGGAGGCAGCAGCAGUGGAAGCAGCAGUAGUCUGGUGUCCUCCAGCAGCCUGAGAGACAGCCACCCACAUAGCAACGGCUCCCGCUCGCGCUCUGAUACCGCCGCCUCCGUUAUAUACGGCACCAUCCCUGAUGUAAUUUCACUGGACUGACCAAACUGGGGCGCCCUACAAACAGACUAGCCUUUAUCACAAACAGCAGGAGGGUGAAGCAGCAGCUUUGUGCACUCAUUGACAGGAUUUAGACAUGAAUGAGGUGGAACGCUGGAAAAAAAAAAGAGAACAAAGACUUUUGUAAAGAGAGCUGUGUACAGAGAAGAAAAAUCUAUUUUCAGUUUUACUUUUGUAUAUAAACAAUAGAACGCUGCCUACCCAGUGAGUGACUUCAGUCGGUAUUUUCUCCAUGGAUACUGAAGAUGUUUUUCACUGAUUUCUGUUCUGUGAUUAUCUUAUUCUAUACCUUUUAUACUUUUUUGCUAUUUUAUUUCACCUCAAAUAAUUAUUUUAGUCACAAUAAUGGAAAGGCAGUCAUCUGUAUAAUUUUUUUCCUGUCUGGUCAUAAGACUCUUUGCCCUCAGCCAUUAAGAAUUGCCCUCAGCCAUUGUUUGAACGAUGAGGGAACAUGAUAUUAUUUAAUGCCAUUAUCCUGUGCAGGUAAUUUAUUAUUGCUUUUAAGUUAUGUAGGAUGUAUGCUGUACAGAAGCAUUCCCUUACGCCAAGAUAGAGUCUAGCCACGACAUGCUUGAAGAGUCAGCGGAGGUCAUGUCUUAUUCCUUUUGCACAUUCUCUCUCAUCCAUUACCACAUGAAGUAUGCAGAAGUGGAGAUAGGUUUAAAGAAAGCAGUGCCCAGAUUCAUUGGUUAUUACCUGAGGUGAACUCUGGUUCUCACAAUCUUAUGUCCUUUGAUGUUGUUUGUUUGUACUAGCCCUCAGAAGAUGAGGUGAGGUUCACACAAUUAGUGCCGAAAAUUUCAAGCACUAUUGCAUACCUCAUUAACACAGAAACCUUACAGAGGUGUAAUGGCACAUGUCAGCAGACCUUCAGAUAUUUUGAAACUGUAUCUAAAUUUGAUACAUGUUAGCCUCAUUUUUAUAAGCUGGUCCCUAAUUUCCAACUAUUACACACUCAUUUCGUUUGGCAAUUCAAAUAUGCACUCAGUGGAUUUAACAAUUUCGAUUUUACUCCGGUUGAAUCUAAGUUGUGUAGCUUCCUUAAAAGGAUAUAAUUGGAACAACUGCAUUCUGACUCCGUCAACUAUGAUGAUCGAACUCAGUUGCAUCCUUUUUCAAUUUGGUGUCUGGUGUCUUCUGCCUUCUCAAAUGGCCCAUCUUAAAUUUCGAGAACAUCAUGUUUCCUUGAAAUGUCAUUUUCUCAAGGUCUGUGUAUCCUCCCUGUCAAAAGCCGAAAUAGGCUACAACUAAGAUUGGAAUCAACUGUAAUUGGAACCAUCAUACAACCAUUAUCAUUGAGCCCCUUUAUUUAGCUUUACAGGUUUUCAAAGUGUGUUUGGAAGGUGACCUUAGUGCAACCUAGACAUCUGUGCUGUUUUUGUCUGUAUAAAAUGUAAUUUAUUUAUUUUAUCUAUAUAUAUAUAUUAUAUUUUUACUAUUUGUUUGA